AUGGUGUCCAAGUUUGGCUCGAACAAGCUUCACCUGGCCGAGACGGGCUGGCCGACCGCCGGUGAGAGUUACGCCGGCAACGUUCCGUCGGCGGGUGCGUUGACGCAGUACUUCUACGACUAUGUCUACGGCUGGUCGGUCGGCAAGGGCCAGUCGUACUGGUUCAUGAUGUACGACACGACUGUGAGCUACACGGGAGCGGAGCACGAGAAGCACUUCGGUCUCUUCGGCACGGACAUGUCUCCGAAAAUCAACAUGCCGCAGAACCCGAACCAGUCGCAACAGCAGCAGCGUCUCCGUCGCGACUAA